AUGCCAACACAAUACGACUCUAUCGGUAUCAACUAUGAUACUCUGAACUCCGUGCCAAUUCAGCAGAUCCAACAUGUGGCCAUGAGAAAACUGCUCGAUCCUCUUACAUCCUCAACCCGCGUCCUCGAACUGGCAUGCGGUACUGGCUUUUACACCCGCCAAUUGCUAUCGUGUGGCGCUUCCCACGUCACCGCGCUAGAUAUAUCAUCUAGUAUGAUAUCGGCGGCUCAAAAAGCGCUCCGGGCAGAGAUGAAAGAGCAUGCGUGUUUCUAUGUGGCGGACUGUGCUCGACGCGAUAUGUGGGAUAAUAGCGAACUGGAAGCUCAGAAAGGAACUUUUGAUGUUGUUGUUACAGCGUGGCUGUUGAAUUAUGCAGCCACGGGUGAAGAGAUGCAGUCGAUGUUUGAGAAUAUUUAUGCGGCGUUGAAACCAGGGGGGAGAUUUAUUGCACUCACGGUUCACGCUGCGAUUAUUGAUAAGUUCCAGUUUGAUGAUCCGCUUAAUGAGGGUGAGAAGUAUCUUGGUACGGUGUAUAAUGUUAUUGGAAGGGUUGGUGAUGGAUUCAAGAUGUGUUGUCGUGCAUUUGGGGAGCCAAAAAUUGAGUGGGAAUUCUAUUUCUUGCGCGAGGAAGUCUAUUCCAAAGCAGCAGUUAACGCGGGCAUGGGUCGACUUGAAUGGACUGUAGUGUUACCAGAAGAAAAACACCUGCGGAGUCUGGGUGAAAAGUACUGGCAGCCAUAUUUGGAUCGACCCAAAGCUGCCAUCUGCAUGUCGAGAAAACCAGACCCUGAAUGA